AUGGGUGUCGUCAAGGGCAGCACCAAGAUAUAUGCCACCAUUGAUCUGAAGAAGGCCCACGUCGGACGUACAUGUAUGAUCUCCAACGAGCCCAUCGAUCCUCAUUGGUACGAGUCCUUCCACAUCUACUGCUCACACAUGGCUGCCGACGUCAUCUUCAUCGUUAAGAUCGACAACCCCAUUGGGGCAUCGCUCAUCGGGACGGCGUACUUUCCUAUCAUGGACCUCCUGGAUGGAGAGGAGAUCGACAAGUGGCUUGAAAUCUGUGAUGAGAACCGUGAGCCUAUUGGAGACAGCAAGAUCCAUGUGAAGCUUCAGAUCCUGCUUGCUAAUGGCAAGAACUAUGAGCCACACAGGUGCUGGGAGGAUAUCUUUGAUGCCAUAAGCAAGGCCCGGCAUUUGAUUUACAUCACUGGCUGGUCCGUGUGCACCGAGAUCACCUUGGUUAGGGACACCAACAGGCCGAAACCUGGUGGUGAUGUUACUCUUGGGGAGUUGCUCAAGAGGAAGGCCAGUGAAGGUGUCCGGGUCCUUAUGCUAGUGUGGGAUGAUAGGACUUUAGUCGGCCUGCUUAAGAAGGAUGGCUUGAUGGCUACCCAUGAUGAGGAGACUACAAAUUACUUCCAUGGCAUGGACGUCAACUAUGUUCUAUGCCCUCGUAACCUUGAUGAUUCUGGCAGCUUUGUUCAAGAUCUGCAGAUAUCAACUAUGUUCACGCACCAUCAGAAGAUAGUAGUGGUUGACCAUGAGCUGCCAAACCAGAGCUCCCAGCAAAGGAGGAUAGUCAGCUUCAUUGGUGGCAUUGACCUUUGUGAUGGAAGAUAUGAUACCCAGUACCACUCCUUGUUUAGGACACUUGACACUAUCCAUCAUGAUGACUUCCACCAGCCAAACUUUGAGGGUGGAUCAAUCAAGAAAGGUGGUCCAAGAGAGCCAUGGCAUGAUAUUCAUUCACGGUGGAAGGGCCAAUUGCUUGGGAUGUUCUUUACAACUUUGAGCAGAGAUGGAGGAAGCAGGUGCUCUUUAGAUCCAUUGAUGGUGGUCUUUGCUUUUGGCUUCCCCGAGACUCCGAGGAAGCUGCAAGAGCUGGGCUUCAAUCCUUGGUGGCAAAGGAGAACAAUGGAGAUGAUGUACACCGACAUCACACAAGCUCUCCAAGCCAAGGGAAUCGAAGCAAACCCCAAGGAAUAUCUCACUUUCUUCUGCUUAGGUAACCACGAGGUGAAGCAGGAAGGAGAAUAUGAACUGGAGGAACACCUAGAACCUGACACUGAUUACAUCCGGGCUCAAGAGGCUAGGAGGUUUAUGAUCUAUGUUCAUACCAAAAUGAUGAUAGUUAAGUUAACUGAUAUAGAACAUAUAUUUUAUACGGUCACACCUAGAGCAUAUUUUCUUUAG